AUGUUCGCGGUUUAUAUGUCGCAUUUCAUUUGGCCGCGUUUAACACUACAUUCCGUCCACCGUGUUUCCUUUCAGGAUAUUUCUUCCCGGAAGCCCCCUUGCGGUCCACUCGCAUGUGGGUUCGCGUUCGACAGAGUUCUCAACGACCUCGACGCGGUUGUUGGACACGACCCUGCUCCUCGCAUCGCCAAGCCAAUUGCCAGGACGCUGAACACAUUGCGGCAGGAUGCGAAACGCGCCGCCGAAGAGCUCGCGUUCAGAUCCCGGUGCGGCAUCGCGGACGGACAUGGGGGGGAUGCUCACGGCAAUGACCGUGAGAGGUCGCACCAACACCCCGCGGGAUCCCGCGUGUCCGGACGCGAUAACAUCGCUCUCAACACAGCUCUUGCACUCGCGAACACAGGGGAAGGGGACCAGGGGAAACCGGACAACAAGGAAGAGGGCUCGAGCUCUGACCGCGACGAGGACGCCCCUGUUAACGCGCCGCAGGGUGGAGAUGACAACAAUGAAGAGGAGGCAGACGAGGCAGAGGGUCAGGGUCGCGGUCAAAACAAGGCAGACGAGGCAGAGGGUCAGGGUCGCGGUCAAGAUGAAGAGGAUGCCGCGGAGGAUCACCAGCGCGGUGAUCUGGAGCUGGAGGGUUUGGAAGAAAUGGAGGAGGAAGAGGACGACGAAGAUGAUGAGGAAGAGGAGGAGGAGGUGGCGGAAAUCGCGGCCAACAAUUCCGGGCGGUCGGCGGUCGCGGUCGCGGGUGCAGGGAAGAGUAUUCGCGGUCUUCAGGCUGUGCUGUCCCCCCGCCAUGGCAGCGCGACCCCGUCGGGUGAGUUUGCGGGCAAGAGUCCGGUCUUGGGCAAGCGGAAACACUCGGAGAUGGUGAAGAUGGCUCCUGAGAAGCUGGCCGCGGAGAUCCUCCGUUUUAACGAGGAGCUGAAAAAUCAGACGCGCAAGCUGGAUGAGGUGGCGUCCGCGGUGCCCGGUGCUGAAUUUGCGGUGGUGAUCACGCAGAAGUACGAAGAACUCGAGGCCACGGUGGAGAAGGUGCUAACCCACGUGCAGAACACGGACCGGGGGGUGGUUGUGGACUCCGUGGAGAACGCCCACAAGAAGCUCACGGACGAGGUCGCACGGAAGAUAGACGGCGCGUCAUCCAACAUCGCGAGUAUUGCCGAGAAAGCGAUCACAACUAGUGGCGUCACGAACUCCCUCAACAUCAUCAUCGCGAUGCUUUCCGGGCGUGCAGCACCGCAACAAGUCCCCGAUGGACCGCGUGGGAAGGAGUUCGCGGAGAAGGAGGCAGGGAAGAUGGCCGCGGAGAAGGAGGCCGGGAAGAAGGCCACGGACAAGGAGACAGUGAAGAGGGUCGCGGACAAGGAGACAGGGAAGAGGGUCGCGGACAAGGAGGCAGGUAAGUGUGAGAGCAGCAGGGGUGGGAAGCGGCAGAAAGGGGUCGCGAUCCAUAGCGUCACCGACCUUCUGAAGUCCAAGGGUGGCGCGGUCGUCGAACGUGCUGCGGGGACCAACAGGGGGGCUGCUGCUGCUGCUGCUGGACCACCGCCUGCGACCUCGGGGGUGGAAGCUGGUAAAGGCAAGGCCAAGGUCGAGGACGCCCCGCCAAACACCACCUCCACCACCACCGCCAUCACCACCACGAUUGUGCCCGCGUCAAGCAACACCGCCGCGCUCGCGCCAGGACAGCCUGGACCCAGCUCUAUCGCCCCUGCCAUCCCCCCCUCUGCAGAUGUGAAGGCGAAGAAUCAGGGCCGCAGUGGUUGUAAGCCUCCUGCAGCCGCGUUGAAGUGUGAACGCAACGACGACGACGACUCGGACGCGGACGAUGAGGUUGAGCUUGUGAUGCAGAGGUUCUUGGGGCCAAGCGACACCAACGGAACAAGCGGCAAGCGCAAGGGCUGUGGUAUCCGCCCUCCGCCCAGGGGUGGGGAGGGGAUGGUGGGCGAACCGUGGCUGGGGGGGAGACGUCGCUGGCUCGGACAUCACUCUCUCCAAGAGGUGCAGUAUCUAACCGCGAUUGCGGUGAUGUGUUACGACAAGAAGAUAGACCCCGGGCUCAAGCUGACUGCGCAGCAGAAGAGUGAGUGGGCCGAGGAGAUCUCCGCGGCCGGGACAUUGUGCACCGGGCAAUUCGCCACCAUGCACCUCCGCAACCUUUGCGGCAAUGUUGACAGGUACCACCACAUGUUCAAGGCCUACCGCGACCUCACCCGCCGCGGGUCCCCGAUCCGCAACGCGAUAGCUUGGGCAGCCGCGGUGGGGAAGGAGGCUGCAGAUGAGGAGCCCGAUGUCACCGGCGCCCAAGCGGGCCUGUUCGCUGGUGCGCUCGCGUGCGCCAUCGCGAUGGUGUGGGAGACCAGCAACGGUCUCGAACUCGAGGCUAUCGCUGAUGCUGGAUACUCCGCGGCGCAGCUUGCUGGCACGCCAGAAGAAACGGCCCGCGGUUACGCCACGAUCGUGACCGCCGUUUUCAAGUGGGCCAGGAAGGAGAAUGCUCGCAAGCAAGCCCCUGAGGUCACACCGAAGCAGAUCGCGGAGAAGAUUGAGACCGCGGUCGUGAACCGUCUUGGUGCGCGACUUGGAGACCCCACUUUAGUCGCUAUGGUCGCGCACGAGGCAGUAGAUGUGCUGAUGACCUGGUGCGACUGCAAGAUCGUGGCCAAGGCGAUGGAGGCCAACGGGCUCUACCUCUCUUUGCCGGAGAAGCGGCUGUCCGCGAAGAAGAGGUCCGCGUAA